AUGACUUGUAACACUCCUUAUUACGCUACUAUCGUGACCACCAAUGUCGUGAUGACCAUUACCACAAUCACUUGUAAUAUUCAUUGUUACACCCAUCACCACCAAGAUCAGAUAGUCAUAUCACCAUCACCAUCACCAGUAGACUCCACCUUUAACCUAACCACUCACCUCCCCUCACACCACAACAAUAGAACUCCUAACCUCCUCCCACAAAAACAAAUUUCAAGUCAAAAACUCACUGCACGAAGAAAGCUUCUGCAAAAGCUCCUCACAACUAGUGAAAGCUCUAUCAUCCCAUCAACACAGAAGAGAGUUCUUUCGAACAAUGAAAGCUCCACCAUAGUAUCAACACAAGUGAAAUCUUCUCAUAAUGCUUCCAAACCAAAUCUCAUGGGGCCAUCGAUCGUGGUGCUUGGUUAUGAUAGCAAUGAUCACGGUCAUAAUCACCAGAAAUCCCAUCCUACCCCUACCAUUGGCACCAAUCGAAAGCCUCUCUACCACCACCACCAUUACUAUCUGUUGCCUACACAUGUGCCACCUCACCACAACCGCUAUCACCACCACCACCUACACACACCAUCGCCAUCACCACCAUUAUCGGCAACACCUCGAUUUGCAAAACACCAACCACCACUCCAUAAACUCUAG